GCUGCGCGCGCGCGCGCGCGGGUGCGAACGGGGAACAUUGCGAGGGCCGGGCCGGGCCGGGCGGUGGGACGACGGACGGCGACGAUGGCCGCGGCGGCGGGCGGCGGCGGGCUGGGGGCGGCGGCGGGCGCCGCGGGCGCGGGAGGCGCGGCGGCGGCUGCGGGCCUGGCCGUUUAUCGGCGGAAGGACGGUGGCCCGGCCAGCAAGUUUUGGGAAAGCCCGGAGACGGUGUCCCAGCUGGAUUCGGUGCGGGUCUGGCUGGGCAAGCACUACAAGAAGUAUGUUCACGCAGAUGCUCCUACCAACAAAACUCUGGCUGGGCUAGUGGUACAGCUUCUCCAAUUCCAGGAAGAUGCCUUUGGGAAGCAUGUCACCAACCCGGCCUUCACCAAACUUCCAGCAAAAUGUUUCAUGGAUUUCAAAGCUGGAGGCACCUUGUGUCACAUUCUUGGGGCUGCUUACAAGUAUAAAAAUGAACAGGGAUGGCGUAGGUUUGAUCUACAGAAUCCAUCUCGAAUGGAUCGUAACGUUGAAAUGUUUAUGAAUAUUGAAAAAACAUUGGUGCAGAGCAAUUGUCUGACCAGACCCAGCAUCUACCUCAUUCCAGACAUUGAUCUGAAGUUGGCUAACAAAUUGAAAGAUAUCAUCAAACGACAUCAGGGGACAUUUACUGAUGAGAAGUCAAAGGCUUCCCACCACAUUUAUCCAUAUCCUUCCUCUCAAGAGGAUGAAGAAUGGUUGAGACCGGUGAUGAGAAAAGAUAAGCAGGUGUUAGUGCACUGGGGGUUUUACCCAGACAGCUAUGAUACUUGGGUCCAUAGUAAUGAUGUUGAUGCAGAAGUUGAAGAUCCCCCAAUUCCGGAAAAGCCAUGGAAGGUUCAUGCAAGAUGGAUUUUGGAUACUGAUGUUUUCAAUGAAUGGAUGAAUGAGGAGGAUUAUGAGGUGGAUGAGAACAGGAAGCCUGUGAGUUUUCGUCAGCGAAUUUCAACAAAGAAUGAAGAGCCAGUCAGAAGUCCAGAGAGAAGAGAUAGGAAAGCAUCAGCUAAUGCUCGAAAGAGGAAACAUUCGCCUUCCCCUCCACCUCCAACACCCACAGAAUCCCGGAAGAAAAGCGGAAAGAAAGGCCAAGCUAGUCUUUAUGGGAAGCGCAGAAGUCAGAAAGAGGAAGAUGAGCAAGAAGAUCUUACCAAGGACAUGGAAGACCCAACACCAGUACCCAACAUAGAGGAAGUGGUACUUCCAAAAAAUGUGAACCCAAAGAAAGAUAGUGAAAAUACACCUGUUAAAGGAGGAACUGUGGCAGAUCUAGAUGAGCAGGAUGAAGAAACAGUCACAACAGGAGGAAAGGAAGACGAAGAUCCUAGCAAAGGUGAUCAGAGUCGUUCACUUGACCCAGGAGAAGAUAAUGUGACAGAGCAGACCAAUCACAUUAUUAUUCCUAGUUAUGCAUCAUGGUUUGAUUAUAACUGUAUUCACGUGAUUGAACGGCGUGCUCUUCCUGAAUUUUUCAAUGGGAAAAACAAAUCCAAGACUCCAGAAAUAUACUUGGCAUAUCGAAAUUUUAUGAUUGACACAUAUCGCCUAAACCCCCAAGAAUAUUUAACCAGCACUGCUUGUCGGCGAAACUUGACUGGAGAUGUGUGUGCUGUGAUGAGGGUUCAUGCCUUUUUAGAGCAGUGGGGGCUUGUCAAUUAUCAAGUGGAUCCAGAAAGUCGACCCAUGGCAAUGGGACCUCCUCCUACUCCUCAUUUCAAUGUAUUAGCUGACACCCCUUCUGGGCUUGUGCCUCUACAUCUUCGAUCACCUCAGGUCCCUGCUGCUCAGCAGAUGUUAAAUUUUCCUGAGAAGAACAAGGAAAAACCAAUUGAUUUGCAGAACUUUGGUCUUCGUACUGACAUUUACUCCAAGAAAACCUUAGCAAAGAGUAAAGGUGCUAGUGCUGGAAGAGAAUGGACUGAACAGGAGACCCUUCUGCUCCUGGAGGCCCUGGAGAUGUACAAGGAUGAUUGGAACAAAGUGUCAGAGCAUGUCGGAAGUCGUACUCAGGAUGAAUGCAUCCUCCACUUUCUGAGGCUUCCUAUUGAGGACCCGUACCUUGAGAAUUCAGAUGCCUCCCUGGGGCCCCUAGCUUACCAGCCUGUCCCUUUCAGUCAGUCAGGAAACCCAGUCAUGAGCACUGUUGCUUUUUUGGCAUCCGUGGUGGACCCUCGUGUGGCAUCUGCUGCAGCAAAAGCAGCUUUGGAGGAGUUUUCUCGGGUCCGAGAGGAGGUACCACUGGAAUUGGUUGAAGCUCACGUCAAGAAAGUACAAGAAGCAGCUCGAGCCUCUGGGAAAGUGGACCCCACGUAUGGCCUGGAGAGCAGUUGCAUUGCAGGCACCGGACCUGAUGAGCCAGAGAAGCUUGAAGGGGCUGAGGAGGAAAAAAUGGAAACAGAUACCGAUGUUCAGCAGCCUGAAAAGGCAGAAAACAAAGGGGAAAACGAAACAGAUGAAGGUGAUAAAGCACAAGAUGGAGAAAAUGAAAAACAUAGUGAGAAGGAGCAGGACAGUGAAGUUAGUGAGGAUACCAAAUCAGAAGAAAAGGAAACUGAAGAGAACAAGGAACUCACUGAUACUUGUAAAGAAAGAGAAAGCGAUCUCGGGAAGAAGAAAGUAGAACAUGAAAUUUCCGAAGGAAACGUGGCCACGGCCGCAGCAGCUGCUCUUGCUUCAGCUGCAACCAAAGCCAAGCACCUGGCUGCCGUGGAAGAGAGAAAGAUCAAGUCUCUGGUGGCCCUGCUGGUUGAGACACAAAUGAAGAAAUUGGAGAUCAAACUGCGACAUUUUGAGGAGCUGGAAACUAUCAUGGACAGAGAGAAGGAGGCUUUAGAACAACAGAGGCAGCAGUUGCUUACUGAACGCCAGAACUUCCACAUGGAACAGCUGAAAUACGCUGAAUUGCGAGCCCGACAGCAAAUGGAACAGCAGCAGCAUGGGCAGAACCCUCAGCAGGCACACCAGCACUCAGGAGGACCUGGCCUGGCACCACUCGGAGCAGCGGGGCACCCCGGCAUGAUGCCUCAUCAGCAGCCUCCUCCCUACCCUCUCAUGCACCACCAGAUGCCACCACCUCAUCCACCCCAGCCAGGUCAGAUACCAGGCCCAGGUUCCAUGAUCCCUGGGCAGCCCAUGCCAGGCCGCAUGAUUCCCACCGUUGCAGCCAACAUCCACCCGCCUGGGAGUGGCCCAGCUCCUCCCGGUAUGCCUCCAAUGCCAGGAAACAUCUUAGGACCCCGGGUACCCCUCACGGCACCUAACGGCAUGUAUGCCCCUCCGCCGCAGCAGCCGCCACCGCCUCCGCCGCCCACGGAUGGAGUCCCUCCGCCUCCUGCUCCAGGCCCACCAGCCUCGGCCGCCCCCUAGCCUGGAAGAUGCAGGCCGCGUCCACGCCCGGCGCCACCAGCUGGAGUGCGGAUGACGAGACUUGUGUUCCUCAGCUUCCUUGGGUUUCUUUUAGGAUUUUUCUCCUCACAGCCCCAAGCACGCAUCCCAUAUUUCCCCAUUCCUCUUGCCAGCCCUCUCCAUGCUCUGACACCUCUUGUGUUAGUUCCUCAGCCAGUACACAAGGAGAGGCUUAUGGUGACAGUGUGCCCUGGUCAUCCUGACAGUAGCCCGCAUCCCCCACAGCCUGGUGUGGGGUAUGCGUACAGUUUCUCUGCAGGUCCUGUCAGCAUUAGAUUUUGAUGUCUGUCAUUUUGGCUCCCCCACAGUUUUUUGCUUUGUCUUAUGUGGAUAAUGCUUUAUAAUCAUUAUCUUUUUUUUUCUCCUUUGUCAUUGUUGCUUUAAACGAGAGCAUCCUAAAUUAAUAGGAACCAAAAAAAUGGUGAUGGGCAGAGGGAAUAGCCAAAAGGAACAUACCUAAAGGCAUUAUAAGUGACCUUAUUUCUGCUAACCUGAGCUGAGAUUGGUGCUGAUGAUGAAGUUUCAUGAGACUUUUGCCCCACACAGACGCACCAAAAUUCGAAGAGAUGGGGAAGGGACCCCACUGAUUUUAUUCCCAGCGAGGACCAUGAGGGACCUCCACCCUGAGUAGCGGAACACGCCCCUUCAGUCCCUGGUAGGUAGCGCACAAGCAUUAGAGCAGACCCACUCCAUCCCUGGCCCACCGGUUUGGCUUUCUAUGCAGAUGGUUUGUUGGUUUGGGGGAGGGAUUUGGGGAGGCAUUCCUUAGUUCCCUAGACUAGCCAGGAAAGCUGUAGGAGUCUAGGGCAAUGACUAUCGAAUGAGUCUAGUCCACUAUUCACUGCUUUGUACUCAUUCUUUUUUUCCCUCUUUCAAAAAACCUUUAAAAAGGAAAAAAAAAAGAAAAAAGUAAGUAGAUAGUGCUAAAUAUUCUAGCUCAUGGAACUUGGUUAGGAUGGCUGGGGGUUCAAGUCCCCAAACUACCUCUUGCAGUCCAGGGUGAGUGGGGUUUAGUGAAGCGGUACUUUAGGUUUGGGAUGGGAUUGGAGAAGUGGGGCAGGAUCAAUGGCCUCUCAUACCUUCUCCCUUCCCUUUCUGAGAUCUCACAUUCCAUCUGUCAGGGUUGCCAAGGAGAUGCUGGGGGUACCAAGGAACCCAGUUGGCAAUCAGAGCAUCAUGCUUUUGAGGGCUGGGGUACUCGGAGUGGGAGAUUGGAAUGCCAUUCCAGAGGAAGAGCCACAAAAAUGCCUUAACUUGAGCCCAUUUCAACCCCUGCUGAUGAAUGACUUGAGAGUUCUUGGUUUUCUCUUGUCCUUCCUGCCUUCUGUUCUUCUGUGGAUGGGGGAAGGGUGUGUUUGGUGGAGCUUGAUUUCCAAAGCACCUGGCCUCUUCAUGUCACCCUCUCAAGUGGCAGUUUCAUUAUUUAGAAUGCAAAGUGGAACACCUUUUGGGUAUCUUUUUCUAUAUAUUCUGUAAAGCUUUACAUAUGAGAGGAUGUAGGGAGGUAUUUGUAAAACACCUCAACUUUUUCUCUUAGUAUCAGAAAGCAAAAAAAUAAAUAAAACCACAAUUAAAAUUUGCCUUUCAAACCCUCAGGUGUUGCCUCUAACCAGGUAGCCCCGGUUACCAUCAGAGUACUGGAACCAAGGAGACCUUGUUCCUUUUGUGUGUGUGUUCUAGACUCUCGGAGUGAAAAUGAGCUCGUUCCUGCUGGAGUUUGAUUCCAAUGCAUUUGCCUCCAGAAAGAUCCCAGUGCCUUUUGACAGUGGCCAGGGUUUUUUUUUUCCCUAUUUCCUGCCAGUCUUUCCCAAAGGAAACUCAUUCCAAAUACUUACCUUUUCCACUGGGUUCUUAGAAGGAAAAUGGAAUUCUGGUUCAUACUGUGGUCCCUUGUAACCUCAGGUCUUUAAUGUGAUCGCUUUCAAAUUUAAAAGAUCCAGGUGGAAAUAUUUUUACUAUGCUGGUAACAAUUCUACAGAAUACCUGAAUUCUUAACACUGUUAUGUUUCAAUAUAAGUGGUGACUUUUUCUUUUCA